AACAAGGACACAUUGGACAAAGACGCCUACCGACUUCGUCGACUAAUUGCACACAAUUGGUGAUAUCAUAGAUUUUUCUUAAUUUGUAAAUAAAUAAAGUCAUUAAUUCAUACUUAAUACAGUGCCGGGAAGUGUCCAAAUUUAAGUGAGGUCAGGCGUAAGAGAAUGAAUAGAAAUAGCAAAAACCGAAUCGCGAAGUUCCGCUAAAUUUAGCUGGGCGGGCGGAGUGGUGCGGCGCGCGAGUCGAUACGGGCCGACCGACCUCGCUUUGUAUUCCACAACGCUCGACUCGUUAUUGACAAUACAGACUUUAAAAUCGUCAUUUGAUGUUAUAUUUUGUUCGAAAUCUUAUAAAUAAAAUUGAGUGCAAAAAUGAAAUUAUAUAAACUUUAGUACUAAUUAUUGGUGCUUAGCUAAGUGGAGUUUAAUAUGAUCUAGUUUAAGAAUAGCGUACCACUCCUCGUACACAUUUAUCUUUACGACAGUAUAGGUGAUGAACGGUGACGUAGAAGGAGAGGCACCGCGCCUUCGCCCCCUAUCAGGAGGGAUUUGGACAUUCUUUUCCUGGUUACGACGAUCAGAGCGCUCUUUUUCGGAUGAAAGUAUUAAUAGUGUAGGAUCCGAUCGUACAGUUGCCAGUUUUGAUUUCUUAGCUCCAUUUCAUUAUAAAAACGUGAACCCUCUUAUUUUACCGCAAAGACCUCUCACAGAUACUUACAAAAAAAGACUUCAUGAGAGAAAUCUUCAACGGCAAUACGACCGUGAUCUUACCUUACGUCGUAAAUACGGUCUCUAUACAGAAGAAGGAUUAGGUUACGACGCUUUUAGUUUACCACCAGCGCGAAAAAUACCCAAAGAUUCUAUACAAAAUAGACAACGACGUGCAAUAAGCGAAAGUACCAUACAACCGCGAGCUGCUUACGUGCCGGGAAAGCGCCGUGCUCCUUUACCACCCACGGUUGUUAAUUCAACCUCCUUACCUCGAUAUUAUAAAAGAAAAAGACCAGCGCCUAAACCCCCACUAAAAUUAACAGAACAUAACAAAGAAAACGUUGAAAUAAAAGAAAAGAUUCAAAUGAGUUCAAAGUCUAUUUUCGAUAAACAUUCUUGCGACAGUGACAAUAAGAUAACUGAGCUUAAAACUGUCAAAAACACAAAAAAAGAUCAUUCAAGUAAAGAAGUUAAAUUAAGAUCAGAAAAAAGUUUUCUAAAACAUAUUUUUGAUAGUAAAAAAAGAAACUCAGCCAUUGAUACAAAUUAUAUUAAAGUUCUUCCUAGUAUAAGUGAAUUAGAUAAACAAGCGGCUGAAAUAAUACAGACAAAGAAAUUAUUGAACGCCGGAAUAGAAUUUCAGACCGAGGGUGCCUGGAUUUGUACAAAUUGCUUAAGAAAAUAUGACGCAACUAUAAUCUCAUGUAUAUACUGUGUGAAAGGAAAUGCUUACGAACGCAAUAAAGUUGAUUUAAAAGUAACAACAACCGCGUCUAAUAUGUGCACACAAACAGAUCACAAUGCGUUUAAAUCAAAUAAAAAAAAUGAAGUUGAGGAUAAGAAACAACUUAAAAAGAUGUUAAAGGAGAUGAAAGACUCUUUGCCUAAAAAAUCUAAGAAUUGUGAAGGGAAUAUUGUUGAAACUAAACAUACUAUAUUAGCAGCAACAGAGACGCCAACAUUACGUAUAGGAUCAAUUAGAGACGAUAAAAGUAGUGCCCAAGACAAAUUGAAUGUUGAAAAUUAUUUUGAAAAAGAAUCUGAAAGAAGACUCAAAAUUCAAAGUGCCAAAGAUAUGUUUUUAACAUCUCAACCAGGUUCUUCAAAACAAAUGCCUCCAAUUUCAAAAUAUAUUGAGAGUAAUGUAAAAGCUAUGAAAAUGAAAUUACACAAUGAUAUCAAUAAUUCUAGCAAAGAUGGAGUUCAAACGCUAUCUUCAAGUUCAUCUAGUGAUGAAAAUAUUAAAAAACAAUUACUAAACAAUGAAAAAAUUCCAUUAUUAAAAAAAUCUAUUAAACAUGAACGGGAAAAAGAGGCAAAUAACGAAACAAGAUUGAAUUUAAACGGUCUUCAACCUCGGUUACCUGAUAAAAAUAAAAUAUUGUCUUCUGCCGAUCGGCUCAUCACGAAAUCAGCUUUUGAAAUCGAAUUGUCAUCAUCAACAGAGGAACGAAAAAUUGCUUCGAAAGAAAAUCCUACCGGCCAACCCACGCAUAAGAUUAAGAAUUUAAAAAUUGCUCUUCAUAAUACAGAGAAGACUAACAGUUUAUUGGAAAAGAAACAACUAAAUAAUGAUGUAAGGUUCAUAAAAAAUAAAGUAACGACGGAAAAUUCAAAAAAUAUUGAGGAUAGUGAAAAAAUUGCGCCAAAACCUGAACUAAAGAUAAAGCCAGAGAUAACAACAAACAAAAAAAAUGAAAAUUUUCAUUUAGUAGUAGAGAAUUUACAUAAUCAAGUACAAAAAAUGGAAAGUAAUACAAAUGCACUAUUAACAAAUAAUAAUUUGCAUACACCUUUAAAAAUAUCAUCUUUGUUAAAUCCGUUUUACUGCCCCAAAUAUAAUAGUCCAGAUGAAAACAGCAAGGUUUCUGAAAUAGAUGACGUUAAAAAGUUAGUAGUUAAACAAAUAAAAAUAUCUGAAAAUGAAAAUAAUAUAUCAUCACCAAAUAUCUCUAAAUUACCGUCUGCAAGCUCAUCAAGUACUAAUGACUUAAAAAAUGAUGUAUCAACAACAAGGGAAAAGAAAGCAACAACAAUUGAAGAAUCAAAACAAGAAGUAGUAAAACCAACACUAAAUACUAUUUCAACUGCAACAACUUCUAGUAAUAAUAUAGAUCAUCAUGCCCAACGUAGGGAUUUAAUAAAUCAACUUGAGCAGUCAAUUGCCAAAGGUGACGAACAAACAGCUGCGGCAGCUGCAGCCAAACUCGCAAAACUUAAAUUAUCAUGUUCUGUACUGUCGUUCUCAUCUCAAAUAGUUGGAGGCCCUUUAACUCCAAACAAAAAGGAACUUUGUAAAGGUAGUGUAAUAGAUAAAAAACUACUCCAACCCCAUGAAAAUUUAGAAACAACUAUGAAAACAGAAGUAAAAACCAGUAUAUCAACACAAGAAUCAUCAAAAUUCACUAAUGAUAUUGUAGUUACUGAAAAUAAAUCUGCAGGUGUCAUUGCAGACGAACCAGUAUCAUCAACAUCUAGACAAAUGCACGAUGAAAUACUUCCAAUUGAUGUUUGGAUUGAAGACAAAGAUGCAACAAGGGGACCAAUCCGUUUGCUGGUCACUAGAAAAGCAGUGUUGGGAGAAUUAAAAAGGCAAGCAGAAAAGUCGUUAGGUCUACAAAUUGGCUUGCAACGCUGGAUUAUUGGAAAAACACUUUGUUCCAAUGACAGUACACCUCUUAUCGCUCUUGCUGGUCCCGAUCUCAUUGCUCCAUUUUACUUGUGCUUGGUUGAAUCUGAAACAAAUAAAGAUAAAAUCUAUGUAACUAAAAAUGAAAUUGAUAAAAAUAACGAUAUUAUUGAAGCGAAAAACAUAGACUCUAGCGAUGUUUACAAGGAAUUGAUGAAAUUAGAACAACAAGCUCUUGUUCCUAACUCCGAAGAAUUCGAAUGUGGGGUUUGUAUUGAGCAAUGUGCCAUAGAGGAAGGCGUUGUCCUUAGGGAAUGUAUACAUACAUUUUGUAGGGAGUGUCUCGCUGAUGUCGUCCGUCACUGUACGGAACCAGUAGUUUCAUGCCCAGCUAUAGCUUGUCUUGGGACUUUACAAGAACGCGAAAUACGCGCACUGCUCUCUCCAGAAGAUUAUGAGAAAUGGCUAGCAAGAAGCUUAGCUGCAGCAGAAAGUGGUACACGAAAUACAUUUCAUUGUCGUACACGAGAUUGUACAGGUUGGGCCUUUUGUGAACCUGAGGUUCGAAGAUUUCCAUGCCCCGUUUGUAAUCACACCAACUGUAUACCUUGUCAGGCUGUUCACGACGGUGAAACUUGUGAUCAAUACCAAAUUAAACUUCGUGCAGCUGUAACUGCUGUCGAAACUGAUCAAACUGAUGUAGGAACUCAAGCUUUGUUGAAAUCACUAAUAGAUCGUGGUGAAGCACUUGAGUGUCCCGAAUGUAAGGCUGUUAUUACAAAAAAAUGGGGCUGCGAUUGGAUUAAGUGUUCAGCUUGUAAAACUGAGAUAUGUUGGGUAACGAAAGGACGCCGCUGGGGCCCAGGUGGAAAGGGUGACACUACAGGAGGAUGUCGUUGUGGAAUUGACGGUAAAAGGUGCCAUCCCUCGUGCGGUUAUUGUCAUUAAAUAUAUAUUUAAUUAUGUACAUCAUCACUAGUGUUGUAUUUUGUUAAAGCUGUAUAAUUGUGUAACAAAUGAAUAUAAAAAGUAUAACUUACUAUAUUUUAAAAUUAGUUCUUUUUUUUGUUUCACUAUUUUUCUUCACAGUAAUUUUAAUAUAAACUUGAGUAUAAAAUCUUGUGGGA